AUGUCAGCAAAUUAUGAUGAUUUAUCAACAAUAGUUGAAACUGGAACUCAAUCAAGUCUUGAUAUAAUUGAAGAAGUCGAAUGUGAUGAUGAGUCUUUAGAAGAAAUUGCACAAAUAGCAGCUGAAAAUAAAGUUGAUACAAAUAAAUUUCGUAUAUUAUGUGAUAAUGUUCAAAAUUGUUUUUUUGAAAUUGAUAAUUCAAUGUUUGAAUUACUUGAAUUCAAAGAUAAAUUUCUUCUUCAAUAUAUACCAUUAAAUGUAUCAUUAAAAAUAACAUUUGUUCUAUCUCGACUUUAUCGAGCUUAUUCUCAAACACAAGUACCUAUUUAUGAACUUAUUCGUCUUGUUCAAUUGUAUAGUCAACCAUUUGAUAUGAAAUGUAUUCCAUUUAAACGAUUAUAUGAUAGUAAUGAAAUAAAAAAACGUAUGCUUAAGAUGGCUUCAGAAAAAUUAGCAUCCAUGGAAAAUAAUACAAAAAAGUAUGAAGAACAAAAAUGUAUUAACAAUUGGGAAAAAAUGUAUAUUCGUCUUGCAUUACCACGAUCAAAUGUACGAAAAUGGAAAUUUCGUCUAAAAACAUUUCGAGAAAAAGCUGUACUUGGUUAUGAACAUGUCAUUAAAUGGAUUCAUCCAAGAAUACGAGGAUCACCAUCACCAUCUGAAAUUUCAUCUAAUAGUCAAUUAAGUGAUGAGCAAGAUAUUGAUCGAUUUCAAAGAAUAGAUGAAAUUUCACAUAUGCAACUAAUGGACAAACAAAAACUACGAACUGAUCAUAGUUUUGAAGAUGCUGAAUUUACCCGUAAGAAUAAUGAAGACAAUCUUCUCAAUAAAACCAAAAAGCAAGAACUAAACCUAAUUGAACAAAAAUCUAAAGUGACUACAAAUGAUAUUGAGAUUCAAGCACAACCUGAUAUAAAUGAUCAUCAAACAUCAACUGAAGAUAUUCUAUCAACUAAAGCGCUUAUUAUGCGUAUCUAUCGACCUGUAGGAAUUUUAAAAACAAAUUUUCAAUGUAUUGUUUAUGGUCAAGGACAAAUAUAUAAAACCAAUGUUUUUAAGUUUAAUAAACCUAAUGUGUCAAUAGAUGAAAAUAUAAAAACAAAAGGACGAUUAACUUUUAGUCGAACAACAAAAUCAAUUGAUUCAAAAACUAAAAAACGUAAUGAAGCUUCAAUAAUUCUAGAUGAUAAUGAUAUUAAUACAAUCGAUAAAGAACAAAAUGAUGAAAUUCUUAUUUUAAUGCCAGAUGUUCUUAAACGUCGUUCACUAUUUCAUACUGAUAUUGAUCCAGAUGCUAUAAAAAUAGAUAUUUUUGGUGAUGAAAAAUUCUGCGGAUCGUUAAUUUUUUCGUCUGAAGAUUUACAUAUGCUUGAUUUACCAACUUUGAAUAAUUCAAUUUUAUCACCUUUAAUAGCUGUUGAUGAUAACGUGUCUACAAGUUCGCUACAAAGUUAUCAAUUUGAUUUUAAUGAAACAUCAAAUAAACUUUAUCAAUUAUGGAUUUCUCGUACACCACAAUUAUUUUCAAUUUAUAAUACUAAACAUGAAUCGAUUGGCAAAUUACCAUUAAUUAUGUUUUGGUAUAAUAAAAUAGAACAAACUCAUGCAACAAAAUGCACAAUGACGAUUCCAAUGGAAAGUGAUGUGCCAAUACCAAAAAUGAUUCCUAUUCAAGAAAGUGAAAUCAAUGAACCAGUUAUUUCACCAAUAACUGAUGAAAGCAAUAAAUUAAAUGAUUCAGAAUUAAUAAAUGAUCAUAUUGAAACUCUAAAAAUAGCUUAUGAAAAUGAAAUAGCUAAGCUUCAUGAAGACUAUCAAGCGGAAAUUAAUCGAUUAACAAAUCUUCUUAAUGAAAUAUUAUCUCCGCAAUCAAAUCAAAUGAUUGAAAGAUCACAAUCCGAUGAAAAUCGAUCUGACAUGGUUCAAGAAGAUCUAUUAAAUAUAAAUAUGCGACAACGAAUGCAACAAAAUAUAAAAAGUGAAGUUGUUAUGGAAUAUCAAUCAUCACCAGUUUAUGGAAAAGAUCUUCCGAAAAAUUUUCUUGAUCGUUAUCAAAUGUAUUUACAACAAAGUAUAAUACAUCGUCAACAAUUAAUUGCGAAAGUUGAACAAGAGACUGCAUUAGAAAAUGAACGUCAAAUGGAAUUUCAACAUCGUUUACAUAGAUCAAGAGAAAAUAAUGAAUAUAAUGAUGAUUUAUGUUUACCUGCUGUUUUUAUGCCUUUUCGUUCCGGUAAUGUUUUUAAUCCAAGAGCUUAUCAAUAUUUUCAUUCUAUUGGUACAACUGAUCCUCGUUUAACUCAACCACCAUCAAUUUUAAAACUUCCAUCACUUCCAGCACAAUCUGUUUCUAUAUUAAAUCUAUUUGAAUUAAGUCGACGUUAUGAUACUUCGAAUGAAAAAGAUCAUCUUAUUGAGAAAAAGAAUUAA